GGCUCAACAAAAUCCCAACCUUAGCGCGAGUAAAAACAAUAAACACCAAUUUAGUUUUUUUAAGUCGCUCAAAGAUAAGCUAUACGUAGAAUGCAGCGCGGAAAGAUUUCGUUUGGCAAAAUACAGCUGAACGUUAGCAAGACGCCUGCUGAGUCCGAUGAGCCCGCCCAAGAUGCCGGUGGCUUCAAGAAAAUGGACAAGCAACAGAUGAUACGUCAAAUUGAAGAUGUAGCCGAGGACCUGGAGAGCCAACACCUUAAAGAUGUGAUGGGUAUAAGCGGGUUUGGCCGCAAGGCCGCCAAAGUGUUUGACAUCAGUGAGCAGAUCGCUAAGGCGCGCACGUUUGCUCCACCUGUCCAGGAACAAGAGGCGAAGGAGGAAGACGAGGAUGUUAUAGGCCCGUUGCCGCCAGCUGCGGACACGGGAAGCCAGCAGCAGCCUGAUACAAGCACUAAAAAGGAAUCCAACGACAAGGAGGAUCAGGAAGAUGAUGAAGAUGAAAACGAGGAUGAUUCCGAUGAGGAUGAGGAAACCUUAUCGCGCCGUAUACCUUACACGCACGAAGUGCAAAUGCAGCACGGAUCACGGGCAGUCUUAGCCCUUGCUGGGGAUCCAUCCGGCGCACGAAUUGUGUCGGGCUCCAUAGAUUACGAUAUGUGCUUUUGGGACUUUGCCGGCAUGGAUUCAGCUAUGCGCAGCUUUCGUCAGCUGCAGCCGUGUGAAAAUCAUCCCAUACGCGGCCUUCAAUACUCCGUUACAGGCGACAUGAUCCUGGUUAUCUCGGGCAACGCCCAGGCCAAGGUGCUGGAUCGAGACGGCUUCGAGAAACUGGAAUGCUGCAAGGGGGAUCAAUACAUAAGCGACAUGACGCGCACCAAGGGCCACGUUGCGCAACUCACAUCUGGCUGCUGGCAUCCAUUUAAUAGGGAACAAUUCCUGACCGCAGCGCUCGAUGGCACAUUGCGCAUAUGGCAGGGGUUACGAGCCAAGGAGCAGCUGCAGGUGAUCAAGACACGUGCUCUGGGCGGCCUGAGAACCAAUGCCUCCGCCUGUAAUUUCAAUCGGGAUGCGACACUAAUAGCCGCCGGCUGCGUGGAUGGCUCCAUACAGACCUGGGAUACGCGAAAGAUGUUUGUGAAUACCACACACUGCGUGCGGACGGCGCACCAAAAGGGUUCGGAGAUUACAUCCAUUGUGUUCUCAUACAUGGGCCAGCAACUAGCCACGCGUUCGAAUGACGAGACCAUGAAGCUCUGGGACCUAAGGAAUUUCAAGGACCCGCUGCACACAUGGUCGAAUCUUUAUUCACGUUACGACACAACCGAUUGCAGCUUCAGUCCGGAUGAUCGCAUGCUGGUCACCGGCGAGUCACUGCCCAAGGGCCAAAAGGAGGCCCAUCUUUAUUUUUUCAGCACGCAAAGCUUCGAGCAGGUGCAGCGUAUACCCGUAGCUGAGUCGCAUGUCAUCAAGACGUUGUGGCAUCCGAAGCUCAACCAACUUUUUGUCAGCUGCGGCAAUGGGAUCAUCAAAUGCUUCUACGAUGAACAGCGCAGCAUACGCGGCGCCAAGCUGUGCGUGGUGAAGAUCCAUCGCAAGAGGCAACAAAUGGAAAUGGUGGGCGUGUCCCAAAUCAUAACUCCACAUGCUCUGCCGCUGUUUCGGCAGGAGAAGACGCGUUCUUCGCGCAAAAGGAUGGAAAAAGCACGCAUGGAUCCGGUCAAGUCCAAGCGACCGGAUUUGCCAAUUACCAGCGGCCAGGGCGGACGUGUCGCCAGCUCUGGCGGCACUCUCUCCUCCUAUGUCAUACGCAAUCUUGGCCUGAGCAAACGCGUCGACGAUGAUCAGGAUCCACGUGAGGCCAUACUUAAGUAUGCCAAGGAUGCGGCAGAGAAUCCAUAUUGGAUUGCGCCCGCCUACAAGCAAACUCAACCGAAGGCCAUAUUCUCCGAGAAGCUGCCCGCCUCCGAAACAGCACCGGCGGCCAAGAAGCCCAAAACGGACACAGAUGGUACAUAGUUUAAUUAAUUUUCUUUUAAGUACAAACCCAAAUAAAUGAAGAAUAUAGUUACUAUUCUUAACUCUCUGUCAAAA